UCAUAAGCCUUUUGUUGUUAUAUCAUUUGCACAGACAAUUGUUCUCCUUGAGAGAUUUGUGAAGUGGAGAGAUGGCAAUCUCCAUUCUACUUCGAGCAAUAUAUCGUGCUGCAAAGGCACUUGAUACUGAAAUAGCGAGAGGUGACUUUUCAGUCCUCAUGGAUGAGUAUGCUCUGCUUUACAACUUUUUGGGAAAGAACUUUGGCCCCUUGGAAGAGAAGCCAAGUGUGAAAGCCUAUGAAGAGACAACCUAUGCUAUCUCAACUUUUCAACUGGUGAAAGAAGCGUUGAGAAGAGAAAGAAUGCGUAUUCUUCAAACUCCAGAUACGGUUGCAAGCGAAGAGCAACACUGGCAUCGAGGGUUAUCUCUACUUCAAUUCUUACAUUAUAGGACACAUUCGUUACAACAACUUGUGUUUGAGUCUCAAAGUGAAUCUGUCUCACAAGGUAUCAAAGUGGAGAGUUAUUCCGAAUAUUUAGGAGAGAGUAUAAUUCCUGAACUUGGAAGGCAUUCUUUUUCAUAUUAUAUAAAACUAACCAAUUUGGAACAUGCUGAACCAGUUACUAUUCUUGGAAGGUCUUGGAGGGUAACUGAUAUUCUUGGAAGGAAAGGUCGACUGAAACCUGUAGGUUUAUCAAAUCAGAAGAAUCCAGUCAUUUCAAAAGGUCAAAGUUUUGGAUAUGAAGGUCAAACAGUUAUAGAUACGAAGAAGGGAACUAUUUAUGGAAGUUUUGAAGUUUUGAAAAGUCAUAGUUUGUCUUUGUUUGUAGCAAAUAUGGCUCCUCUUGGACUUCGAGGAAAACAUGUUGUUUCUAAAGUAACAUUGACGUAAUGAAUGGAUAUGUAUAUAUAGCG